AUGGCCAAGAUUCACGCGGACUGCUCACAUCUCGCGGACACGAGGUGGCUGUGUCUGUGCGUGCGGCUGCGCCUCUUCACGCUCUUCGAGCUCCUCCUCGUCUCCGCGCUGCUCUGCCUCCUCGUCUUCGCCCGCCUUCCCCUGCCGUGCACGAACAAGCCCCCCCCAUCAUCGGAUCAACCUGCCGGGCCGGCAAGCCCGUCGCAGCCCGCGCCGUCGGAUAGUCAGUCCGCCCCACCUCUCACGCCGCCCAGCGCGCCACAGCAGCAGCCAGAGGACGAUCCGUCGCAGCACCUUCGCCGUUUCGUGUCGCCCGACUUCUUCCGCCCCCGCGUCGCCCCGUGGGGCCGCAGCGCCACCGGAAAUGCCAAGGCCGCGCAGCCGCCGCCGUCGGGAAUGUGCAUCGCCAUACCGUCGGCGCCGCGGUUCGAUCCGGAAGGCGAGGAGAAAUCGUGGCAGCGCGUGGAAAACCUGCUUCUGGCACUCGACGCGCGGCGCGCGCGGGAGAGGGAUGGGCUGCUGGAGCGCGCGAUGCGCGUCGUGGUUUACAGCUCAGGGUGCCGCGUCGACGACCCCGCCAGAAGGGCCGGUGCGCCAGGCGCACCCAGCGGCGCAACUCCCUCCGCGUUGGUGCGCGCAGCGGCGGUGCUGGCGCGCGAGGCGAACGUGAGCGAGUCGUACGCGCGGCCGCUGGUGGGGGCUCUGGCGCAGGACGCGGCGAACGUCAAUCCGCUGGUGGACGCGCACACGGCCGCGAUCCGGGCGGUGGCGGAGCGCAUGGAGCUCCCCGUGGACGUGCUCCCCGCACCCCGACGGCUGCGCGCUGCUGGUGCCUGGCGACGCGGCCCGCGCCACGUGCUGCUGCUGCAGGACGACGCGUUCCCCGCGCGCCUGUGGGACGUGGGCAUCGAGCGCUUCAUGGCGCGCGACCUGCGCGGCAAGGCGCCGUGGGACGUGCUGUCGCUGUACUACCCGCGGUCAUACCGCUGGAACCUGCAGCACGCGCAGGAGUACGACAUCCCCUGCUGCGCGCAGUCGCUGCUCUUCUCCGCCCCUCGCGCCGGCCGGUCGGAGGCGGUGGCGCACGUGGAGCGCGGAGUAACGCGCGCGCCCAUGGACCCUGUUGCUGCACGA